AUGUCUUGGCUGGCUGCGUUGUGUCUCCUUCUUCUGCAGACUGAAGCUUUUAAAAUUGGCCUAUUUAGUGGAGACUUUCUGACUCAUCAAGAGAUCACUGAGAGAGCGAUCUUAAAUGUCACUGUGCAGGUGUGCCGCGCCUUGGCCCGGGCUGAGGGCAAAGACUUCAGUUUACCUAGUUUCACUGCUGUGUCUGUUGCUGUUGCCUGUGAAGCGCCAAAAUCAUCUAAGAGCUUUCGCCAAACCAUCAAAUUAAUCCAAGAAAAGAACAAGGGAGUAGAUAUUAGUUUUGUCUCUGACCCACGCUAUCACUUUGACGAUGAGAAUUUUUCAGAGGGAAGAAAAAUCAUCACAGACGGACUAUCAGUUGUUAAGGCCAGCAACAAGCGAAAUAACUUUGAGACAGCGAGAGACCAACUGGGACAAAUCUUACACCCUUUACAGGACUUCUACAGUCAUAGUAACUGGGUGGAAAUGGAAAACGAACUGCCAAACUCCAAUCUGAUCAGAUCAAAUGCCGUCAUUGGUAACAUCGCAGCUGAAAGCAGAGCAACCUGUCGCAACUGCAUUGGAGACGACUGCAGAAACAACAUUUUGGAAGAUAUCCUACGGGAAAAGAUACUUACCUCGGGAUAUUUUGGUUUGGUGCCUUUUUCAUCCACCAAACCAACAGGAAAGUGCAGCCAUGGAGGUGCAUUUGAUCAAACAAGUGGGAUUGAACCUAAAGCUGGGAUCAACAAAGACAAUUUGGGUGCCAGCCACGGACACCUCCACAUGAAAGCAGCAAACUUGGCGAUUGCUGCAACCAGUGAGCUACUGGAGGACAUUCGAGGGGCUGCUGGUGACAUAUCAUUCCUCCAAAUGAUGGGAAUCUCCAAAGGUAAAGCUCUUUGUUUCGUGAUCGACACCACAGGAAGCAUGAGCGAUGACAUUGCAGCAGUGAGGGACGUCACUUCCUCUAUAAUCAACAGUAAAGUGGGAACAGAAGAUGAGCCCUCAAUUUACAUUCUUGUACCUUUCAACGACCCAGAAUUUGGGCCUCUGACAAAGACUACAGACCCAAAAGUUUUCAAGAACGCUAUUGAUUCACUGUCAGCAACCGGUGGAGGAGAUUUUCCAGAAAUGAGUCUUUCAGGGCUUCAGUUGGCUUUAACUGGUGCUCCUCGUAAUUCUGAGAUCUUCGUCUUCACUGAUGCACCCGCUAAAGACCAACACCUGAGAAGCACUGUGAUCGCGCUCAUAGAGCAGACCAAGUCAGUGGUGAACUUCAUGAUAACUGGCAUAGUGGGACUUCGUCGUCGAAGACAAAGUGAUGAUGGCCAACAACAACAAUUCAGCAGUCGGAUGGUGACAUCAGAUGGCCAGCUGUACAGAGACCUGGCUCAGGCGUCAGGAGGUCUGGCUAUUGAAGUCUCAAAGAGUGAGCUCCCUGUGGCCACCAGCAUCAUAACAGAAUCUUCCAGCUCCUCUCUGGUGACCAUCCUGCAGGCAGCCAGGAGUCCAGGAAAGGCUGAAAACUUCACCUUCACGGUUGAUGAGUCAGUAAGAAACCUCACAGUUUACAUCACUGGGACCUUUGUCACCUUUACUCUCAUCAGUCCCUCAGGUGUCUCUCAGGAGAGCGCUGGCACCACAGGAUCAUUGAUCACUGCAUCCCAGUCAGUGGGAAACUUCAAGACUCUGAAGCUAAAAACACAACCUGGACUUUGGGAAAUUAAAAUGGUGUCAACAAAUCCCUACAUUAUGAAGGUCAUCGGUGAGAGCCUCAUUGACUUCCUGUUUGACUUUCUGGAGGUAUCACAGAGCCCGUUUGGAGAUUUAGAUGUUGUAGACAAUCGUCCCAGAGCUGGUGUUAAUGGUAGCCUGAUCGUGACAGUAACUGGGAGUGACUCCACCACGGUGACAGAAGUCAUUUUGGUUGAAUCGUCGGGCUCAAGAGAGGUUACUGGCAUCGUGGAGCCACAGGGGGGUGGAAGCUUCUUAGUUCAUGUUGACAUGAUGCCGUCGGUGGAGUUUGUGGUGCGGGUGAAGGGGCAGGAGAGUGUUGCCCCCGGAGCUCCAUUGAUAGUCUUCCAAAGGCAGUCAUCCACCAACUUCAGAGCCUCUAAUCUGACUGUUAUGGCUGAUUCUGAAAGGAUCUUGGUACCAGGAACACCGUUCUCUGUGCCCUUCUCUGUGAUGACCACUGGAGUCGGGGGAAACUUCACCAUCCGAGCCACCAACAACCGACAAUUUAACUCAACAUCUCCAACCAAUUUAUUCCUGGAAACCGGGAGUAGUGCUGAUGAUACAGUGACCCUCUCAGCACCUCUUAACACCCCAUCUGGUUCUGACGUCACCCUGAAUAUUGAGGUCGAGGCUCCUGGUGGUGAAGAUACAAACUAUGUUGUGCUGCGUUUCACCAUCUUUAACACGGUGACUGAUUUUACUCCUCCUGUGUGUGAGCUGCUCAGCCUGCAGUCAAACUGCUCUGAUAUCUGCAGCUUAUCGAUGUGGGAGCUCUCUGUUCAGGUGACUGAUGGGACUGAAGGGACAGGUGUUGAGCGUGUCAGCCUCAGACAGGGCAACGGGACCAUGACCUCCAGCCUGGCCCCUGGCAAUGAGAACAUAACACUGGUUUCCUACAUUUCGUCUUGCUGUUCACCUGAAAUGGAGCUGCUGGUUGUGGAUCGAGUGGGUAAUGUCGGCACCUGUGUGUACACUUAUCGGGGAGGUUCAGCAGCUGCUUUCUCUUCUUCCACAAAAGUCAUUCAGUUACCUCUUUGCCUCAGCAUAGUGGUAUUCGGCCUCCACAUACUUUCAGAACUGGGCAUCUAUUGACUCCAUGUCAAAGUGGUAAAUAGUUCAAGCUGCAUUAAUGUAUAUUCUUUAUACAUUGAAUCAAUUAACUGUGUGUACUGUGAAAAGGGUUACCUGUAGCAGCAAACUCACAACUUUAAGCGGUUUUAGCUCACUGUAGGUUUUACUGUGCAUAGUUCAGUCUCACUCUUCUAAUUAACACAGAUUUUUAGAACACAAUUGUUUUCAGGGGAAACCCACUGGACACCGUUGCAACCUGACCUGAACCCAAUGGCUGUUUUUGUGUGUGUGAGCAUCGCCAACAGACAGAAGAGGCAGGAAUGAUGAAAAAACACUGUUUUUUAAUUGUUGUUAUAAUGUGUCGAAUGUAUAAUCAUCAUACAAAAAACACAAAGUGUUCUGCUUUUCACAUUUUUUCUCCUGUUUCCCUUGUAUUACUAAUUAAAUUUCCAGAGAGACUUAAUAGACUGGUCAGUGAUCAUCUGAUUCAGUGUGUGGUCUUUGCUUGAUGUCUGUCUUUCAUGGCGAUAUGUUUCUUAAACUAUGUAAUUUAUGGAGUUUUUAGAUGCAACU